AUGGUCCGAGUGCAAGGAGUCGAAGAACAGCCAACGGGAUCAGAUAAUGGAGUGAAGCCAUAUCUGAGUAUUGACCCUGCUGAUUUUCAUAAGGCCCCUCGUAUCGACCUCGAAGAUCCUAUAAUCUACCGAGGCGAAAUCUUUUGCCGGCAUCCAGAUUGCUCUUCAAAGAAGGUGAACCGGUACACCCAGAAGAGUAUUGUCCGCAAGCACUACCGGAAGGAGCAUAGUAUCGAAUAUAGACCAUUUAGUAAGAUACUUAACGCUUCCGAAGAGCAGCCUCAUGUCGAUGGGCUGCGAUGGAUUGCAAUCUGCGUGCAGCGUGGCCAGGAGCAAGCUGGCGCCGCCCCCGUUCCUCGGAAAUGGUGA